GUGACAAUACUGCGCUAAGUUCUUGAUCGGGAGUAACAUUAACUAUAAUUAUUUCACAUAAUUAUAUCUGAAAACUCCCGAAUAGAACUUUUGCGAAGACUUUUGAAUAGGAUUUUUUCGUCGGUGGAGUGGUUCGGAGCAAUAAUUAUUUUAUUCGGUUAUAUAGCCGAUACUUUGGGAUUGGAACCGUUGAAAUACGCUUGGAUUGAACUGAAAAGUGAACACGUACGAUUGUUGACAUCCGUUAGCAUCUCCGCAAACUUGUCGAGUGAAUACAUGGGACUCGAACGAUAGCUGCAAAAUGAGUGCAAACGAAGAUGUAAUUCGACCAUCGGAUGCCAAAUGUGACGAAGCGAGCGAUGCGGAAUUUUCGGAAUCGCCGUCGUUGCGUGAAUGGAUAAGACGAGUUGUUUGGUUCAAUUUUUUGUACUUGGUAUUUUUUCAUGUCGGUUAUAUUCUGUCCAUCAUUACAUACGUUUUCGGACUAUAUUCGGACCCGGUUAAAUGGCAGACGAUUGUCUGGGUGGUUUUCCUCUUCCUCACAGUUGGUGUGGGUAUAACUGGAGGAGUUCAUCGCUACUGGACUCACCGUACUUACAAAGCGAAACUUCCUUUGAGAAUAAUUCUGAUGAUCAUGUAUUCGGCUGCUGGAUCGUAUCCAAUUUUCUACUGGGUAAAAGACCACAGAGUUCACCACAAAUAUUCCGAAACCAAUGCGGAUCCCUACAACGCAAAACGAGGAUUUUUUCAUGCACAUUUCGGAUGGAUUGUUCAGCCAAGACAUCCCGAAUAUCUUCGAAGAGGAAGAGAAGUAGACAUGUCCGACAUAAUUGCUGAUCCAGUCGCAAUGUUCGAGAAGAAGUACGCCGUAGAGUUGAGACUACUUCUUUGUUUUGGCCUCCCAACGAUAAUUCCGAUUUUAUGUUGGAAUGAGACGAUUUUUCAUGCCGUUCUAUUACUGUGUUUCAUACGUUAUAUAACAAUAUGGAAUGCUACUUCCAGCGUUAACAGUUUCUCUCAUAUUUACGGCAGUCGCCCAUACAACAAAUCAAUAGGCCCCACGGAAUUACCAAUUGUGUCGUUUUUCACCUUCGGCGAAGGAUCGCAUAAUUAUCACCACACAUUUCCUUGGGAUUACAAGGCGACAGAGUCGCUUUUCAAGCAUUUCAGUUUAACGACGCUUUUCAUCAACGCAUGUGCGAAACUCGGAUUAGCUUAUGAUCUCCGAGAAGCUUCACCUGAACUUGUGGAAAAAGUUAUUCGUCGCACGGGCUACAAAAGCAAGAAUCAAUGAAUUAUCAAUCUCAUUCCGAUAUUGUGAAUUUGAUAAUCAACAGCAUCGGCAAUAAUAAAACUCAACAAAUAAAUAGAGAAAUGAUAAAACCGA